UGAAUUUUAAAUUAUAUAUAAUUUGUAUAUACUAAUUUUAUAUUAUUUGUAUAUUUUGUAAAAUUUUAUUCAACAAUGAGCUUACACACGAGUAAACUUGUUGUUAUGCUAUAUUUUCACCCACCUCAAGCGGUAACCAUAGGAACAAUAUCAAAACAUAAAUGGAUAAAGAAAUGUUUGAAAAAAGAAUUCCAAUCGAACAUUGAGAAAUUCUUGGAAGAAGAUAUGAACAAUGCGGACAUCGUUGAUAAAAUGAUCCAUUCUAAAGAGAUGUCUGCUUUGGUGAACUCGAUGAGAACAACGAUCGUCGAGCAGUCUGUUUCAAGGUCUGUAUCGACAUCGGUUUUCGAUUCUCGACCGCAAUCAUCGUUCUCCUGCAUCAGCGAUCAAACAAGUGAGGAUUGGAAUUCCCCGUUGAACAAUGAGGAGUAUUAUAAUGUGAUUCUUGAUAAAAUCAGUCAAGAUAAACCCGCUCACGUUCGAUUAGCCGGUUACGAGAUUUUUUUGAAAAGCGAGCUGUCGAAUUUGAACAAUAAUCCUAUAUGGGAUUCCCUGCAAUCUGCUUUGUUGGCUGGACUCACAGACGACAGUAGACCAAUCUUUGAAGCUAGCUUACAAGUGCACGCGAAACUGCUAACUUGCUUACAAUCACACGAUGUGUAUUCAAACUUGUUGACCGCGUUUGACGCUCAAUACCAUUCGCAGAAAACGUUCGAGAUAUUACCCACGUUGAUCGCUGGUAUUAAUUUUAAGUUCUUUUUACACGAAAGAGUGUUCCGCAUAAUACAUCUGAUGCUUCGUUAUCAUGAAGAGAAGCUAAAAACUGCGAGAAAUCCUGAUAAAACGAUCGAAGAGUUAAUAGAACAAUUCAUUACGUUUCUAAGUACACAUGAAUUCGCGAAUACGACACAACCGAAAGCGAUGAACAUACUCAACAUCGUCUCCGUGUUGGAACCGCGUGCAGAUUGGAGUAGAAAAUGGAUAGUUAGUCUCGCGACCAGGAGAAUGUUUUUAACUGCUUUAGGAAAGUCUCCGACAUUGUUGCAACAAAUAAUGCAUCAUGUACAGAAAGGAUUGGCGGAGCCUCCGCACUCGAUGUCAGUUUCAAUUUACGACGAUCCAAUGGAAGUUAUCAUUAACGGCAAUACAGUAAAGACGGUGACUUAUCUUCAUUGUUUAUGUUUUGUAUCGCAACUCUGCGCUUAUGAAGCUGGCCGCAAGCUUUUAACAGAGAAUACGUUCGAAGUUCCAUUUUCAAUACCGGAAUUCUUGACCGCCUGUUUGAGAGGUUUAAAUAAAUUGUCGACGGAAACGUUAACAGGCGUGCACGAAGUCUCUUGCUACGCUCUCCAAUUUAUUUUAGAUAAGCCAACGAUUUUAUACGACAACGAGUUUUAUCACAUCGCGUUGUGCCAUUUGCAAUCACUGUCCGAGAAUAACGUUAGGAUAUGGCCACAUACAUUAAAUAUAAUUUUACACAUGCUGGACACGGUUGAUGGCUCUCGGUUUCUGAUCUCGCAAUGCAAAGAGCACACAGUCAAUUUCGAGAAGAGUCUGUCCAAAUGUCCGGCUAUGUUCAUCAUAAUAAUCGCAUCGAACACGUUGCGACAACCCUUUUCAAUUAUGAAUUUGGAGUAUCUUCUUAAACUGUUCGAGGUAAUACAGAAGCUGUUUGACGUGUUCGAUGUCUAUGAAAUAGUACAGCUGAAAGUCGAAAGAGAAUUCUAUCCCGCUGUGUCGUAUUUCUAUAAGAAGUUAGACAAAUCCUAUCUGGAGAAUGAAAAUAAAGCUCAACAGAUUAACAGUGCAGUUAAUGCGUUAUUGCUUAAAAUGGUAUCUAUACCAUUCGGAUUGAAAGCCCUCGUUCAACAGACGACGGUAUUUCAAGAAUUAAUCGAGGGAUCUGUGACGCCUUUGAGGACGUCGUGGACUUCUAUAGAGGUGGUCAAUUUUGUAACAUCCGCAGCUUCCUUCCAAUUGGGCUAUAACGUGAUCGCCAAUCUCGCAUCUCACGUCUUGUCCACGUUGCUUUCGGAUGCGUGUCAAAUAUUAGAAGAUCCAUGUCACUUCCACGAUCCGUGGGAUCAUGAGAAUAUUCAAAAACUUUUACAAACGUUAACACUCUUCUCUCUUAAUUUUAAAUGCUUCUCUGCAUUCAUGACAAACGUAAAAGAUUCGUAUAACGAGGAACAGAAUUAUCCACUCAAUUUACCGAAAUUGUUCAACGAUUCAGUAAACCCUGAGUCAAAUUACCAUUAUUUGGGUCUUCUAUCGUUGAAUGCUGUUAUCUCGAAUUUAAAUGUCUGUUUAUACCUGUUAGAAUUACUGAAUUUUCAGAAUAUUUUGUUAGAAUUUCAACAAUUCGAUGCAAAAGAGGACGGAGAGAUGAGUGUAAAGUACAUUGAUGAUUACACUUUAAUACGACACAAAAUUCUAUCGAAAACUUAUUUCGUUAAUAUAAAAAAUGAAGAAGAAGAAACAUCAAAAUCGGAGGAAUACGAUUUACCGAUGUUGCCUCCGCCGAAAUUUGAUAACGAAAAUGUUCCGUUAGAAGAUGAAUACGAAACUGAGUUGGAAUAUUCAUUACGAGCCGACACACCAGGAUUAUUAGAUAGCGAUUGGGUUGAACAAAUUAGAGAAGCGUAUAAAGCAUCGCAGGAGCCGACAAAAAAUACAGUAUUAAUUCAACUACUAGAUAAAAUGCAUAAAGCGAUUCCUACUUCAGAAUGGGGAGAACACUUCGAAUGGGAGGAAAAUGUAUCGUCGAGUACAGACUCUUGGUUCACGGAAGAGAUACACGGAAUUGAUUUCGUUUUAUACUAUGCAGAACAGAAUGAUAUCUUAAAUAAUACGACUGAAAAUAAGGAGAGAUUACAAGAAUUCAUAAAUGCCUGUUACGCAUUCAUUCAGUAUGAGAGACCGAAGAAAUUCGAUGGUUUCGAUUGGUUUUUAUCUACCGUGUUCAUUAUCUGCGAAGGAAACAUAGAAAGAUGCAAGACGUUUAUCACGCAAUUGAUUCAAUUCCCGAUAACGAUGUUCCUGUGGCCUAAUUUGGGAAAAGUGGUGGACAAGUACACUAGGGAGGAAUGUGGUAUACAAUUUACGUUCAUGCAACUCCUAGAGAGCAUCGUCAGCACCGAGCUUGCACAUACUAAAUUUGCCCUCAAGAGUACCUCUGGAAUGAAUUGGUCUCUGAUAUGUAAUUCAAUGGUACUGCAAUGUUUCUGGGGUUUUCUACCAUGGUCGGAAAUUAAACAUUUUAUCGCUGUUUGCGUAUUGUUUUCACCUGAUUAUAUAAUAUACUACUGCGCAUCGCUAUUAAAUCAUUGUCAACGUGCAAUUAUGGAAAAUGUAACAGCUAGAAGGAUAUGGCCCGACUACAUAGACUUCGAAGAUUAUCGAUGUCAUCAUUACUUUAAGUUUAUGGAUAUGUUAGAUAAGAGAUACGGGAAUAAAAUUUUGCCGAAAUUCGCGCUCAAAGGGUUCAGUUAAAUAAAGAUCUAUUUUUGUUAUAUCAAAAAUGAAGAAUUGCAUUGUUUUAAUAAAUACUCAUUACAUUAGCGAAGUAGCGGCAAAAAUUAUGUAAAUGUGUAUAGAGAUCUGUUAAAUAAUGAUAAUAAUAAUUUGUGAAAUAU